AUGUCUCGCGUAUUUUUUCGACAUGAUGAAAAUCCUACAACAGGAUUAGAAGAUGAGGCACUUCAAUUUACCAAAGAAUUUUUUGAUGACGAUGAUUUAGAUAUAGAUUUAGUAGAUGAUGAUGAUAGUAUAAUAGAGACCGAUGUGGAAAAAUUAAAAAGAGCUUGGCUAAAUGAAAAUUAUUCUCCGGAAAUUUUACCUUAUGAACCUGCUCUUGAGAGAUUAAAUUCUUUGGUUGAAGAUCAGGCUACCAAAGCUGAAUCCUUAAUACUAUCAUCAAUGGAUACAUGUUCUAUUGCCAUGUUAUUAUUUAAUGAUAAUGAACAAAAUACCGAAUUAAAGAAUAGAUUAUCAUCAUCAGAAUUGGAAUUUGCUGAAAAUUACAUCAAAUUAAUUGAAAAGCAUAAGGAUUCAUCAUUUUUACAUAAAUUUUCUCAAAAUUCGGUAAAUAUAUUGAAGACGAUGAAUUAUGAUUUAGAACAAGCAAUAUUUUGUAAAUUGAAAGAGGAUUUUGGAACUUAUUCUUUUCCUUCAAGUCUUGAUGAAGAAGAACAGUUAAAAAAAGGCGAUUCAUAUUUGAUCAAGUAUAAUGAUAUAAGAAGAUUAUUGAAUGAUGGUUAUAUUGAUUUAAUAUGA